AUGAGUGUGGAGGCGUACGGGCCAAGCUCGCAGACGCUUACUUUUCUGGACACAGAGGAGGCCGAACUACUGGGCGCGGACACUCAGGGCUCCGAAUUCGAGUUCACCGACUUCACCCUCCCCAGCCAGACUCAGACGCCGCCGGGUGGCCCCGGAGGAUCCGGGGCGGGCGGCGCUGGAGGCCCGGGCGGCGCGGUCGCUGCGGCCGGACAGCUUGACGCGCAGGUUGGUGGGCCUGAGGGGAUCCUACAGAAUGGGGCUGUGGAUGACAGCGUGGCCAAGACCAGCCAGUUGCUGGCUGAGUUGAACUUUGAGGAGGAUGAGGAAGAUACUUACUACACCAAGGACCUCCCGGUCCAUGCCUGCAGUUACUGUGGAAUCCACGACCCUGCGUGCGUGGUCUACUGCAACACCAGCAAGAAGUGGUUCUGCAAUGGGCGUGGGAACACCUCCGGCAGCCACAUCGUCAACCACCUCGUGAGGGCGAAGUGCAAGGAGGUGACGCUGCACAAGGAUGGGCCACUGGGGGAGACUGUGCUUGAGUGCUACAACUGCGGCUGCCGCAACGUCUUCCUGCUCGGCUUCAUCCCUGCCAAGGCCGACUCGGUUGUGGUCCUGCUAUGCAGGCAGCCUUGUGCCAGCCAGAGCAGCCUGAAGGACAUCAACUGGGACAGCUCUCAGUGGCAGCCACUGAUCCAGGACCGCUGCUUCCUGUCCUGGUUGGUCAAGAUCCCCUCAGAGCAGGAGCAGUUGCGGGCGCGGCAGAUCACCGCGCAGCAGAUCAAUAAGCUGGAGGAGCUCUGGAAGGAGAACCCGUCAGCCACACUGGAAGACCUGGAGAAGCCAGGUGUUGAUGAGGAGCCACAGCACGUGCUGCUGCGCUAUGAGGAUGCCUACCAGUACCAGAACAUCUUUGGGCCACUGGUCAAACUGGAGGCUGAUUAUGACAAGAAGCUCAAGGAGUCCCAGACUCAAGAUAACAUCACGGUCAGGUGGGACCUGGGCCUUAACAAGAAGAGAAUCGCCUACUUCACUUUGCCCAAGACUGACUCUGACAUGCGGCUCAUGCAGGGCGAUGAGAUCUGCCUGCGCUACAAGGGGGACCUGGCGCCCCUGUGGAAAGGGAUUGGCCAUGUCAUCAAGGUCCCUGACAACUACGGUGACGAGAUCGCGAUCGAGCUGCGGAGUAGCGUGGGUGCCCCAGUGGAGGUGACCCACAACUUCCAGGUGGACUUCGUGUGGAAGUCAACCUCGUUUGACAGGAUGCAGAGUGCGCUGAAGACAUUUGCAGUGGACGAGACCUCUGUGUCUGGGUACAUCUACCACAAGCUGCUGGGCCAUGAGGUAGAGGAUGUCAUCAUCAAGUGCCAGCUGCCCAAACGCUUCACAGCCCAGGGGCUCCCUGACCUCAACCACUCCCAGGUUUAUGCUGUGAAGACUGUGCUGCAGAGGCCUCUGAGCCUGAUCCAGGGGCCACCAGGGACCGGCAAGACUGUGACCUCAGCCACCAUCGUCUACCACCUGGCACGGCAAGGCAAUGGGCCCGUGCUGGUGUGCGCCCCAAGCAACAUAGCCGUGGACCAGCUGACGGAGAAGAUCCACCAGACCGGGCUGAAGGUGGUGCGGCUCUGUGCCAAGAGCCGUGAGGCCAUUGACUCACCCGUGUCCUUCCUGGCACUGCAUAAUCAGAUCAGGAAUAUGGAUAGCAUGCCAGAGCUGCAGAAGCUGCAGCAGCUCAAGGAUGAGACUGGGGAGCUGUCGUCAGCCGAUGAGAAGCGGUACCGGGCCCUGAAGCGCACCGCUGAGAGGGAGCUGCUCAUGAACGCAGACGUCAUCUGCUGCACGUGCGUGGGUGCGGGUGACCCACGGCUGGCCAAGAUGCAGUUCCGCUCCAUCCUCAUUGAUGAGAGCACACAGGCCACCGAGCCCGAGUGCAUGGUGCCUGUGGUUCUUGGCGCCAAGCAGCUGAUCCUCGUGGGCGACCACUGCCAACUGGGCCCUGUGGUGAUGUGCAAGAAAGCAGCCAAGGCCGGCCUGUCGCAGUCGCUGUUUGAGCGGCUUGUGGUGCUGGGUAUCCGGCCCAUCCGCCUGCAGGUGCAGUACCGGAUGCACCCCGCGCUCAGUGCCUUUCCCUCCAACAUCUUUUAUGAGGGCUCGCUGCAGAACGGCGUUACUGCAGCGGAUCGUGUGAAGAAGGGCUUCGACUUUCAGUGGCCCCAGCCAGACAAGCCCAUGUUUUUCUAUGUGACCCAGGGCCAAGAGGAGAUUGCCAGCUCUGGCACUUCUUACCUGAACAGGACGGAAGCUGCCAAUGUUGAGAAAAUCACAACAAAAUUGCUGAAGGCAGGAGCCAAGCCAGACCAGAUUGGCAUCAUCACACCCUAUGAGGGCCAGCGCUCCUACCUGGUGCAGUACAUGCAGUUCAGUGGUUCCCUGCAUACCAAGCUGUACCAGGAGGUGGAGAUUGCCAGUGUGGAUGCGUUCCAGGGACGCGAGAAGGACUUCAUAAUCCUCUCCUGUGUGCGGGCCAACGAGCACCAGGGGAUCGGCUUCCUCAACGACCCCCGACGCCUCAACGUGGCCUUGACCAGGGCCAGGUAUGGCGUCAUCAUUGUUGGCAACCCAAAGGCCUUGUCAAAGCAGCCACUGUGGAACCACUUGCUCAACUACUACAAGGAGCAGAAAGUACUAGUGGAGGGGCCCCUCAACAACCUGCGGGAGAGCCUCAUGCAGUUCAGCAAGCCGCGCAAGCUGGUCAACACCAUCAACCCGGGUGCCCGCUUUAUGACCACUGCCAUGUAUGAUGCCCGUGAGGCCAUCAUCCCAGGGUCAGUCUAUGACCGCAGCAGCCAGGGCCGGCCCUCAAGCAUGUACUUCCAGACCCAUGACCAGAUCGGUAUGAUCAGCGCGGGCCCCAGCCACGUGGCCGCCAUGAACAUCCCCAUCCCGUUCAACCUUGUCAUGCCCCCUAUGCCACCGCCUGGCUACUUUGGACAGGCCAAUGGCCCAGCUGCAGGCCGGGGCACCCCAAAAGGCAAGACUGGCCGUGGGGGGCGCCAGAAGAACCGCUUUGGGCUCCCAGGGCCCAGCCAGACGACGCUCCCCAGCAGCCAGGCCAGUCAGGACGUGGUCUCACAACCCUUCUCACAGGGCGCGCUGACACAGGGCUAUGUCUCCAUGAGCCAGCCCUCACAGAUGAGCCAGCCGGGUCUCUCCCAGCCCGAGCUGUCCCAGGACAGUUACCUCGGGGAUGAGUUCAAGUCCCAGAUUGACGUGGCACUGUCACAGGACUCCACGUACCAGGGAGAGCGGGCCUACCAGCACGGCGGGGUCCCUGGGCUGUCCCAGUAUUAG